UGCCAGGGAAUAAAACAUAGUAUCUGGUGAGUUCCUUUAAAAAAAAAAAGUUUCAGAGAAUAUAUAGAACCUCCAAACCUUCCCACAAAGAAAAUGUAAACACUGAGGGAUGGAAGGUGAAUUUACUUUACCUUUUUGGCAUCAUCACCAUGACAUUUCAUUACAACAAACAUUGCCUGAAGUUAGUUCAAAUUCCCAUUCUAUUCACUUGUUACAGUUUUUCCCUCAAGCAAUCAAGGAAGAAACGUGUCCACUGCUUUAAGAGGUGCCAGCAUCUUAUUUUUGUUCAGCUGUCCCAAUGGGGUUUUCUCCAAGUAAAUCUGCUACUCAGGUUUCUGCUUUGCGUAUGGAUUCAAAAGUGAGUGAUCACUUAAUGCAAAGGACUAAGAAAAGCAAAUUGGAGCCAGUGACUCAGUUAUUUCAAAACACCAAGAAAAUAAGAUUAGAAGAUCCAAAUAAAGAAGUCUUUACAAGGAGCAAAGACACUGGCACAGGAUAUCUUUCAGACAAAGCCUUGGGUCCAGUAAUGUGUGUUAAAGAAAGUGAUGGGAAAUGA